UGAUAAUCAAGUUGUGAAUUCCUAUUGAUUUUUAUUAGGAAUUUUAUCAUAUUUUAGUAAAAACAAGUCAUUAAGAUAAUAUCUGACAGUGGCAGUUUGUUAUAUGUUUUUGAAAAUAUGUAGUUUGGUGAUGAUUAUACUUCAAAAAAUAAUUUAUUAGACAUUGUUGAUAUCGGUGAUAUUUACUUGAAAAACUCGCAAAUAUGUCUUUGCCGGGUAAUGGGAUUUUUGUGGUGCAAGGCGAGAUGGCCAUGCUGGUCACCGCCAUGCGACGGAGUACACGCUGGGGUUCUCAUUCCUUUCCUAAUGAGGAAUAUGACGUCCUUAUGAGAACCUUUCAAGAUUUGAAGACUAUAUUAAAUCAAGUGGAUGAUUUACGUUUACUAGACCCAUCGACGUACUUAAGCCCUUUCCUAGAAGUUAUUAGAAGCAAGGAGACCACCGGACCAGUAACAACUUUGGCUUUAUCAGCUAUACACAAAUUUCUUUCUUAUGGACUAAUCGACCCGACCCACUCGAGCGUACCAGCAACAGUUGAAGACAUCGCUGAUGCAGUCACCCACGCCCGUUUUGUUGGAACUGAUCAUUCGUCGGACGGUGUGGUGCUUUUGAAGAUUUUACAAGUUUUACGUACUCUUAUGCUGAGUCCAGAAGGCGCCAUGUUGACCGAUGAAAGUGUUUGUGAGAUUAUGCUCAGCUGUUUUCGAACGUGUUUUGAGACGAGACUUACAGAACUUCUCCGCCGUAACGCCGAGCAGAGUCUCCGUGACAUGACUCAGUUGAUUUUCAUGAGACUGCCACAAUUCCCGCCGGAAGACGCAGCCACGAAUUACACAACCGUCGGUCUGUCCCUGAAGCGGAGGGACAAGUCCUCUAAGAAGAAAAUGGCUCAAGCUAACAGUACAAAUUCCUUGGAUAGGAAGUCGUCAAUAACGGAACAGACUGGCGUCGUUGACUAUGAAGCCGAUUUGGAAUCAAAUAAGCACGUUCAAGGACACGGUCAAGACAAGAAUCUAAUAAAUGAGGCAGAGAUAACAAUCGAACCGGUCGAUCAAGUCAAAAGUCCAACGAAGAAACACGCGCGUCACUCCUCUAUGGAUUUGGCUGCGACCGAAAACUCGUCCAUAACUCAGCUGCUCGAGAAGUGCGUGAACAAUACGGAGAGUGGAGAAAUCGAAACUGAAGAAGUGAAGAAAUCCGAAGAGGACGACGUUGAAGUCGUCGAAGCUGCGGAAGUCGAUGAUCCCACACAAGCAGACCCUCAAUCCACCAAAGAAGAUGUCCAAAAUGAUAGCAGCGAGAAGUUAGAGGAAUACGUAAAUAAUAGGGGCAUUCGCUUCACACCGCAAGACGAGUCACUGAACUUGCAGCCGUACGGGUUGGUCUGCGUGCGGGAAUUGUUCAGAUUCCUGAUAUCACUGUGUAAUCCACUCGACACGCAGAACACGUCCGCUAUGGUCCACCUCGGCCUGAGUCUGGUGGCCACUGCGCUGGAAGUUGGAGCGGAUCAGAUCGCAAAGUACCCGUCGCUGCUCUACCUAGUGAAGGAUCCGCUUUGCCAGAACCUGUUAAGUUUGUUAGAUACGGAAAGGAUAUCCAUAUUCGCGUUGGAUCUCCAAAUCUGGUUUCUUCUCUUCGAAGCGCUCCGGACCCACCUCAAAUAUCAAAUGGAGGCAUUUUUUAAGAAGAUUAUAGAUAUAGUAUCCGCCGAUACGACGAAAUCGAUAUACGAAUUGAAGGAAAUACACCACAUAGCGUUGGAAAAUCUCGCCCAAAUGUUCAGGAUACCGGGCCUCUGCACGGAGCUCUAUUUGAAUUUCGACUGCGACGUUUAUUGCAUCAACGUUUUCGAAGAACUGACGAAACUGCUGUCGAAGAACGUCGUCUCGUCAACCGCUUACAAUAUCCACACGAUGUCGUUGGAGGCGUUGAUGACGAUCAUCGAAGCCAUAGAAAUGGGCACGAUGCAAAAAGUAGAAAUAGAGAACGUCGAAGAAGAGAAGGAGGUAGAGUAUGACGUACGAGGCGGUCACGUGACGCUGGAGCUCGGCGGGUUGGACGACGCCUCCGUGGUCAGUGAUCACGUGACUCAUGAUAUAAGCCAUUAUUUCGGCGGCGGGAGAACGGGCCGACACAAGCCGGCGACGGAUUUGCCGUCAGAAGCUGAAUUGGAUAAUGUUAAGAAUAUGAAAAAGUGGGUAACUCAAGGUACGGAGCUGUUCAACCAGAAACCGGAGCGUGGUAUCGAGUUCCUCCAAGAGCAUGGUGUGUUACCCACCCCAUUGGAUCCGCACCAAGUAGCUUUGUUUCUCAGAGAGAACCCAGAUUUGGACAAGAAAAUGAUUGGUGAAUAUAUAUGCAAGCGAUCUUCUCGCGAAGAAGAAGGUGGGCCGAGCAUACUGACGGCCUUCGCGGACAGCUUCGACUACACCGGCCUGCGCAUCGACCAGGCGCUCCGACUCUACCUCGAGACCUUCCGCCUGCCCGGGGAGGCGCCGCUCAUCUCGCUCGUCAUGGAGAAGUUCGCUGAGCGCUGGCAUUCAACAAACGGCGAACCCUUCGCGAACACCGACGCGGCGUUCCGCUUGGCCUACGCCGUGAUCAUGCUAAACGUGGACCAGCACAACAACAACGCGAAGAAAUUGAACGUGCCCAUGACAGUGGAGGACUUCGUGCGCAAUCUUCGAGGCUGCAACGGAAACGGAGAAUUCGAUCACGCGAUGUUGGAAGCCAUAUUCCACUCGAUAAAGACCGAGGAGAUGGUGAUGCCGGCGGAGCGCGUGGGCCCGCUGCGCGACGCGUACCUGUGGCGCGUGCUGCAGCGCCGCGCGCGCCGCCCCGCCGCGCGCUACCGCCGCGCGCCGCCGCGCCCGCACGCCGCGCACGCGCGCCUGCUGCCGCCCGCCUGCCCGCCCGCCGUGACGGCGCUGUCGGCGGCGUUCGAGCGCGCGGCGCCGCCCAGCGCGGCGGACGUGGCGGGCGGCGCGCGCGACUGCCCGGCGCUGGCGGCGCUGGACGGGCUGGAGCGCUGCGCCGCGCUGGUGGCGCGCCUGCCCGCCGACUCGCUCUCGCUCGACACGCUGCUGCUCACGCUGUGCAAGUUCACCGGCCUGCUGGCGCCGCAGCACACCUCCUACGUGGCCAUCGGCGUGUCGCUGGGGCAGUCGCUGAAGGCGCAGUGCGCGCUGCGGCGCGCGUGCGCGGUGGCGGCGCGGCACGCCGACUGCGUGCGCGACGGCUGGCGCCACCUGCUGGAGAUCGUCAACACGCUCUACAUCGGCCGCCUGCUGCCGCAGUGUCUGGUGGAAGCAGAAGAUUACUUAGCACCCGAAGGCAAAGUGUCGUUGAUACGGGAAGCAGUGAGAGGCAGCGACAGUGGGCUGCUAUCCAGCAUAUAUUCCUACAUAGCGCUCGGAGAAAGUGCUAUCCGAGCGCCCACUCCUCACGAGAAAGUGCUGAUAGACGCGGCUACCGAUUGCGUCGCCAAGUGCAAUUUCCCCGGCCUGCUCGUCACGGAGACGAAGUUUCUGCAGCUGGAAAGUUUGCAGGAAUUGAUCAGGGCGAUGGUUGCCAUUGGCACUCCCCCUGACUCCGACAGCAUACAACUGAACCCGCAGCUGGAAGACAUUACGAUUUUCUUCCUGGAGCUUCUCGGGCAGACGCUCAUACAAAAUCGCGACCGCGCCGUGAGCGUGUGGGCGGAGGCGGGCGCGCACACGGCGCGCGCGGUGCGCUGGGCGGGCGCGCGCGGCGCGGGCCCGCUGGCGCGCGCGCUCACCGCGCUGCUGCGCUGCGCCGCGCGCCUCAUGCGCUGCGAGGCCGCCGCGCCGCCGCUGCUGGCGCACCUCACGCUGCUCUACCGCCUGCCCUACCGCCUCUUCUACCAGCAGGCCGACGUCAUCUCGUGCGGGCUGUACGAGCUGGUGAAGACGUCGGCGCAGAACGUGCACAGCGCGGCGGAGUGGAGCGUGCUGCUGUCGCUGCUGGCGGCCGCCGGCGCCGGCGCCUGGCCCCGCCACACCGCCGGUUCGAAUCGAUCUGACGGUUCGGAGGAUGAGAGCGACAGACAGGGGACUAGCAUUUCAUCGGAGAGCGAACUUUCAAAUUCACCACAAACACAGGGUUGGAUAUUGGUAAAGAACGAAUCAGCUCCGAUAAUAGAUACAGUCGAACUUGAAGUCGACCAAGUGACUCUCCAGCCGCACCGAAGCUCGGCCCUGGCGAGAUGCGUCGAAGCCUUGGCCUUGGUGAUCAGGGACGUUGCGCACGUGACGCCGCACAACUGCCGCGCUGCGGUGCGAUGCGUCAGGCUCCUGGCGAGAGCUACACUGCAAUCUAGUAAGUCGAAAUGGUCAACGGAAGAAGGAUCGCGUGGUCGGAGGCGCGCGCGCAGCGACUCCAGCGACGAGGAACUCGACACGCUCGACCAUUACCACAUGGUCAGCAUUCAGCUACUGGAUUUAAUGCACACUCUACACAGUCGUACUGCGCAGAUAUUUAAAUGGUGGCGAGACGAAUCAGACCACGGGCAAGGCGCUGAAGAUUACGAUCUAUGGGAGGUCGCGUGGAAACCGCUCUUGCAAGGGAUAGCGGAAUUUUGCACAGACAGACGGAAACAGGUGGCGAACAGUGCAAUAGCGUACCUCCAGCGAGCGCUGCUGGCUCCGGCGCUGUCGGCGCUAGGCGGGGCCGGCUGGGAGGCGUGCUUCGAGCACGUGCUGCUGCCGCUGCUCAACAACCCCCCCAAGCGCCCCGACGCCGCGGCCCGCGCCGACACGGUCAUGUGCAAGGUGUUCCUGCAGCACCUGCCGGCGCUGGGCGCGCGCGCGUCGUUCGGCGCGCUGUGGGCGCGCGUGGUGCGCGUGCAGCGCGGCCUGCUGCGCGCGCCCGCCGAGCCGCUGCGCGAGGCCGCGCUCGAGUCGCUCAAGAACAUGCUGCUCGUCAUGCACUCCGUCAAGAUAUUCAGUAACGGCGAGGGCUACAACGACCUCUGGUACAUAACGUGGGAUAUCAUCAGGGAGUUCCUACCCGAUCUGAAGGACGAACUGUUCCCCGAAGCGAACGAUAACACGAAGCCGGCGCAGAGCGUCCCGAGCCACAUGCAGCCGUCUCUCCCACUCAUCCCCACCAUCGUGCCGGUCGCACCCAUCUCGCCCCCUCUACCCGACACCGCCCGCCCCCCACCGCCGGCCGCCGCCCCGCACCCUUCCGUCCCCAUACAGAUCCAGAGGUCUGCAGCUCAAUCGCCGAACAUUUUGGUGGGGUCCGGGCAGUCUCCGCCGCAGAGCGCCUUCAGCUCGCAGCCCGUCAGCGGGAUGGUGCCCAUAAGGAACCCGCUGUACGACCAGACGGGCUUGACGUCCUCCGUCCUCCUGCAUCCAUUGAAUGAGAUGAUUUCGACGCCGAUCGGAAUAUCGAUACAGUCUCAACCACCGAUCCUCUGUCCGAGGCCGGCCGAUAAUCCAACGACCGAAAACAGCCCCAAUAACGAAACAGUAGACUCCAACACCGAACCAAAGGACACACAGCAAAGCGAGCUGUACGCGGAGUACCUAACGAACCCGUACACCGAGGUCAAAGAACUCUCCGCCAAGGAGGCGACUAUUUACGAUCCGGAAGAAAAUCGCCACUUAAUAAUAAGAAACGACCAGAUAGUCCCGAGCUCAGAGCGUCUUCUAUCUCAGAAAUCGUUCAGUGCGAAUGUGACUCCAAUGCACGCUAAGAAUAAGGCUCAAUUCGGAUCGACGGACAACGUGAGACAGGAGUCGAGUAUAUUCAACUUUUCCAAUUACUUCGGUUCGGUCAAUGAGAAAGUUAGCGGUUCUGAAGUAUUCGAUACUUUAAUGUCGACGCAAGAGGGAUAGCUAGAUUUUGAAAUCUACAGGGGGACGUGGUUGUAGACAAAAAUGGACCUAAAAUAGAUUGAUGCGAUUUUAUUGGAUUUCUCAACUGUGUUUUGUGUAAAAAUAAUAAACAUAAGUUCCACAUUAUAUAUAAAGCUUUUACCCACCUGGUUCUGGAAUAUUCGAUUUCAAAUUUAUACAGGACGUAUAAAUAAAAUCUACGAAAUUAUAUGAUAAUAUUUUCAGGAUUAGAUUUUUUUUAACUUUAUUUAAAUUUUUUUUAAA